AUGUCUUUCUGGCCACCCUUCAGCAGAAAGCAGAGAGCACCGGCAUCCUUAGAACUAGCGAGAGCCUCUACAAGACAGCAGAUAUGUGUCAUUCAUCACUGGGAUGUCUGUGACAUUGUUGGGAACUGUGUGGUGUCAGCACAGAGACAAGUCACUGUUCAAGAGGGACCACUUUAUCGCACAGAGGGCUCCCAUAUCACCAUCUGGUGUAAUGUCAGUGGCUUUCAGGGACCCUCCGAGCAGAACUUCCAGUGGUCCAUUUACCUGCCGUCUGCUCCCGAACGGGAGGUGCAGAUCGUCAGCACCAUUGACCCUUCCUUCCCCUACGCCAUCUACACCCAGAGAGUCCGCACCGGCAAGAUCUAUGUGGAGAGAAUCCAAGGCAAUUCAGCCUUGCUGCAUAUCACAGAAUUGCAAGCCCGGGAUGCCGGGGAGUAUGAGUGCCACACGCCCAACACGGACGAGAGGUACUUUGGAAGUUAUAGUGCCAAGAUGAACCUAAUAGUGACAAAGUUGCAAGUAAGUAAGUCAAAACGGACCAUCACCCUGGUAGAAAACAGACCCAUCCAGCUGAACUGCUCGGUGAAGUCUCAGACCAGCUUGAACUCCCACUUUGCCGUCCUCUGGUAUGUUCACAAGCCCUCGGACGCCGAUGGAAAGCUCAUCCUGAAGACCACCCACAACUCGGCAUUUGAGUACGGCACCUACGCUGAAGAGGAGGGCCUGCGAGGGAGGCUGCAGUUUGAGCGGCACAUGUCGGGGGGCCUCUUCAGCCUGACGGUGCAGAGGGCUCAGGUCAGCGACAGUGGCAGUUACUACUGCCAUGUGGAAGAGUGGCUUCUGAGCCCCAACUAUGCCUGGUACAAGCUAGCAGAAGAAGUUUCGGGACGGACUGAGGUCACAGUGAAACGGCCAGAUGCCCGCCUUAAGCUGAGCCAAGCCCAAGGUAAUGUCACGGUUCUGGAAACCCAGAAGGUGGAACUGGAGUGUGUGGUCCUGAAUCGCACCAGCGGGGCUUCCCGGCUCUCGGUGGAAUGGCACGUGUGGAAACCCAAUCACCCCGAGAGAGAAACAGUGGCCCGCCUGAGUCGAGAGGCCACCUUCCACUAUGGAGAGCAGGUUGCUAAGAACCACUGGAAGGGGAGACUGCAUUUGGAAAGCCCUUCUCUGGGGGUUUACCGCCUCAUUAUCCAGAAUACCGCUGUGCAGGACAGUGGCACAUACAACUGCCUUGUGGAGGAGUGGUUGCUGAGCCCCAGCGAUGUGUGGUACAAACGGGCAGAAGAUUCAUCCGGACAGACGAUCGUCACAGUAUUGAGACCAGAUGCCACGUUGCAGGUGGACACGGUGGUACCCAAUGUCACGGUGCCGGAGAAGUCCCCUUUCCAGCUCGACUGCAACAUCUUAUCUCGCUCCAGUCAGGAAUCCCGCUUUGCCGUUGCCUGGUAUGCUCUCAGGACUAAAGCUGGAGGAAAGAAAGGCAGCGCCCUGGAGGAGGAGGAAAUAGAGCGGAAGGCCAUGCUCAGUGUUGGCCCCGAUGCCGUCUUUGGCCCCGAGGGCAACCACUGGGAGGGCAGGCUCCGGUUUCAGAGACUCUCACCGGUGCUCUACCGCUUGACCGUUUUGCAAGCAGAUCCUAGUGAUACCGGCAACUACUCCUGCCGGGUGGAAGAGUGGCUGUCCAACCCUCAGAAAGAGUGGUACCGGCUGACCGAGGAGGAGUCUGGUCCAAUUGGCAUCCAAGUUCUGGACACAGGCUCGACGCUCCAGUCCAUCAUCUGUGCCAACGAUGCUCUCUUCUACUUCGUCUUCUUCUACCCUUUCCCCAUCUUCGGCAUCUUGAUCAUCACCAUCUUACUAGUCCGCUUCAAGACUAGGAACUCUAGCAAGAACUCUGAAGGCAAGAAUGGAGUGCCCUUGCUGUGGAUCAAAGAGCCCCACCUCAACUAUUCCCCGACUUGCCUGGAGCCUCCUGUUCUCAGCAUCCACCCAGGAACCAUAGACUAAAAGGAAGACUGGGGUGGA